CGAACGAUAUUAUAAUGUAAUUGAAACUAAAUUUUGAUAAUCCAGAAAAAAUGCUUGGAUUAUCUUUGUAUGCAUAUUAUCAAUAACUUCAACACCCACACCCACAUCUCCACUCUCACCCGCACACCGCACGCCGACAGCCACACUAAACUACUAGACCCCACACCAACACCCACACCCACACCCAGAUCCAGACCCACACCCACACCCACACCCACACCCACACCCACACCCACACCCGCACCCACACCCACACCCGCUAUCAAGUACACAAAUCAUAUCACACGAACGAAUAGUUGAAAGGCGAUGAGCAAUCAUAAGUGAUGUUCGACUAGGAUCUUCGGUUUGAGCUUGCUCGAGAGCUUCUUGUACAAUCUAUAAUUGAAAAAUGAAGAUGCAACAUUAGUAGUGGAAUCGAAAACAAACUCACUUGUUCAUUGUGUGAAUCCAUGGCACUUGUAGCUUCAUCUAAGAGCAAUACUUUAGGUCGACGAAGAAGAACUCGAGCGAUAGCAAUACGCUGCUUCUCACCACCUGACAGAAAGAUGCCCUUCGUCCCAACGUUUGUUUCAUAACCCUAAAAAUAAUACUAUACCGUAGUCAGAAAUCUAUUAUAUUUUCCCACUCAAUCUAGCUUCUUGAUGGCAUCGAUAUUCGAAAACUAAAUAUUCAGUGGGUUCGUUCUCAUUUCGGUCUCGUCAGUCAAGAACCAAUUUUGUUCGAUUUAACAAUUGCUGAAAAUAUUGCAUAUGGCUUAGAAAGUGUUCGAAUGGAAGACAUUAUCAAUGCAGCAAGUAGAGCUAAUAUUCAUCAAUUUAUUGAACAAUUACCAGAGGUGAAACAAUACAAAAUUAUAUAA